UUUUUUAAUCGGAAAACCAUUUUGGCGGGAAAAUGCCCCCUUUGCUGCAUGGGAAUAGAGUUGAACAUAAAUACCCGGCAUGCUGUGGGUUCUGUCGAAGGAUGGCAAGAUGGCGGACGAGAGUGCUUCCUUCCCUGUUUGGGUUGGAAACCUGGCUCCGAGAAUUACAGAAAGUAUACUAUUAGAUCUCUUUGGUAAAUUUGGACCAGURAAGAACGUCACCAUUCUUAGAGACGAGAAUGGGGUUUCCAAACAGUGUGGUUUUGUCAGUUUUUGCGCGUACAAUGUCAGCAAAGCUGCAGCGAUAGGUUUGGAUGGUUGCGAUGUCUUCGGACAAAUCAUCGAAACGCGAGGGCCAGACGAGCUUGUAACAACUACGCAUACACCCAAAGUCCAGCAGAAAAAAGACAGCAAGGUUUUAUUAGAUUGUGUUUAUUUUGUGGAGAAAAAAACUUGUCCAUUUAAGGUUAACCAGUGUCCAUAUCGUCACUGCUCGGAGACUCAAAAUACAGAUAAAAUAUGUGAAAAGUGGCUGAAKUACGAAUGUCGAGACGUAAAAUGUCCUCAAAGGCAUCCUGUUAUCAAUAUACUAAAAGAUAAGUCUGAGAUGAAGACCAGAGCAAUGCCGCAGCCAAGGUGCCCAUCRCAUAAUGCAUAUAAAUGCAAUGGGGAAUGYGGGGAUAGUGAAUGCGAAACACACUUUAUGGAGAUGGAUGAUAUGGUGGAACAUCUUAACAGGGCAAGGSACAAGAAAGCUGUACCAUCUGGAGCAUGUUCUGGGUGCAAAGCUGUGUUCUUCAGUGAAGAGGAGAGAAAGAAACACUCCUGUUUCCAGCCAAAGAACCUUCAAACUCCCUUUAUUCCCAUCUACCAUCCAAUCACAGCCAAGAACACAUGUUCCUGUAACCCUGACGGCAACAGUAARCAACCCAUAACAACAUGUAAAGCAUGUGGCAGCUGUUAUGAGAACUCRGGAGAUACUCUGAGYACCUUUGAUUGUUCUCCUCGUAAAACUGGUUAUUCUGGACAUCAGUGCCCUAAUUCCCCAUCUAUUUGGGGUGGUGAUGGUAAACACAGUGUGGAUCUAGAACCAAUUGGUGUAUUUUGGGACAUUGAAAACUGUCCYGUACCUAAAGGAAAGUCAGCKAUUGACAUYGUCAAAAAGAUACGAGAAGAGUUUUUCAAUAACAAAAGAGAAGCAGAGUUCAUGUGUGUUUGUGAUAUAAGUAAAGAAAAGAAAGAGGUCAUUGAGGAUCUUAAUAAAUCGCAGGUGACAGUUGUUCAUAUCAAUGCUACCUCCAAAAAUGCUGCYGAUGACAAACUACGUCAAAGUUUACGGCGAUUUGCMCAGUCCUACCCUCCACCAGCAACUGUAGUCCUUGUUUCUGGGGACAUCAACUUUGCAGCUGAGUUGUCUGAUCUUCGUCAUAGGCACAACUURACAGUUAUAUGYCUACAUAAUGCACAAGCRCAAUCAGCUUUGCUUGCUUGUGCACAUGAAUCCAAGAGAUUUGAUUUGUUUACUGAUGAYUUGGCUGUGUCUAGUACACACACAAAGACUACUGAGGAAAGUAAUCAACAAGUUGAAUUAAACAUUGGUAAUCUUCCUAUUGGUAAAGAYGUUGCACACAUYAAGAGUAGACUGAGAAAGCUGUCKGAAAACUGUGGAGGGAAAGUAGCUAGUGUUACUGGACGAAAGGCUGUCAUGAAAUUCCCCAACUACCAAUGUGCAGCAAGGGCUAAGAAGCGCAUGGAUAGUGAAGAUGUCUUUGGCUCACURAUUCAAGUGAACUUUCCAKCCUCAAGAUCUAACAGUUGUCCCACAAGACCUGCUAAAAUAGCUCAUACUAUCCUGAAACUAGAGGACACAGUAGAUAUGAUAAGCCAGGGACCACAGAGAGUAAGCACUACUAUGCCUUAUACCAAGAAGGUAACCAAGACAACCAUGGAGCCGCCGGCAAUCCAUAAAUACAGCGAACAAUACUAUGACGAUAAUCUUGAAGAAAUUCUCUGUGCGCCAUCUCAUCAAGUUUCCACGGCAACACCAGCUACAGCAUAUUCAAGUCAACAACCCUACGUUAGCAASACUUCUGGCGCAUACUCGUCACAGUGGCAGAACCCCUACUGCCAGGGGGUAGUACCCAUUCCUACACAGGGUGUUGGGUACACAUUCCCUUUAAUGGGGCCACACCCUUUUACAGCAUCCUGGCUGGCAAAUCUUCAUAGUUUAAGUAUAUUGGAGCAGCAGAAAGGAGGAGUUGAUAUUGCUGUAGGCAAUCUUGAUGAAUCUGUCAGCAAGAAAGAACUGAAGAAAAAACUUGCGUCAGUGUUUAGAGAGCACUGUAAGGUUUAUUCAGUUGUGUUACAUUCUGGGGAAGGUGUUCCACUCCGUGCAUUUGUCAAAGUACCAAAACUCUCCGACGCACAGUUUGCAGUCACCAAAGUGAACAACCAGAGGAUCUUCUCCACCUCUGUCACCGUAACUCUWGUCACAGAAAAAGAGAAAGARCUUUGUUUCCUUUCAACAGAGGUCACCUCGGUACUUAAAGAAGCACCUCUACAAUGGAUGCCCYUAAACAAGUUCCUWAGCUUUUUCUAUGAGAAGUGCUCCCGUCCUUUUGACAUGAAUGUGUUGACAAUYGUACCAGACGUUGUGACAAUCAUUGGAAAGCCUGGCUGUGAAGCCAUUUGCUUAUUCAGUYCAGAUCUYURURCUACUAAGAUACUUUUGGAGGAUCCAAGGGAUUUUAACCAAGAGGUCCACAUGCUUCUGAAGGAUCACAAAGGAUACUUGCUUUUAGGCAACUUUGCUGCAUCUUACUGGUUUAAGUUUGAUAAACAGGUUCAGGUGAAUGAAAGUGGAGUGUGUUUGUCUGAUGCCCUGGAGGGCGUGGUUAAUGUAUGCAUCAAAGAGGAUGCUGGGAAGGAAGUGGUUUCUUGGGCAAMAGAAGGAAUAAUCAAUGGUGGUGUAUUCAAUAAACUAGAGGAGUUUUCCUCAGAAUUACAAAACCUUCUCAAAGCCCAGAUGCAYUACAGACUUCCAUURAGUCAACUGAUCUCAUCYUAYCAGAAGUGGUUUAACAAAAAAUCUCCCUUUGACCCUGUAACUUAUGGCUUCUCAUCAGUAAAAGAUUUAUUAGAAGCUCUUCCUAAUCUUGUCAUGGUGAAGGAAGAUGGAGUCGAGAGAUUUGUUAUCCUUACUCAAAAAGUCAAGCUGAAAAUCUUUGAAACUGASCUUAGGAUCCUUCUAGAAGAASAGCCUGACUGCAGUCUUGUCUUGGGUCACUUUGUGUCAGCUUAUCAAAGGUGCUUCAACCGUAAAUGUUAUGUUCAAGACUAUGGUUUUGACAAGCUUUUGGAUUUAAUAGACAAGAUGUCGCACAUAGUCAAGGUAAAGUCAACCCCUGUUCUUUUGAGAUAKCAAGUCUGKUCACUUGUAAAGACUUGCCUGAGCUGA